AUGUCGACUGAUUCUACUUCUACUGUUCCUGCUACUCUCGAAUCAGAUGAAAGUAAGUUUAUUACUCAUAUGAAACAAUAUCCACUUGCAGUUGCUGCUAAACAAGAGUUAACGAAAGUACCUUUUGUUAAGGAAACCACUGAAUUUACAUGCCCUAUGUUAAUUAAAGCUGAAUCCACUUUACAUAUGAGUUCAAUUUGUAACUCAGCUGAUAAAUUAGCUGAUGGGAUCUUAGAUCAAGUGGAUAGAAUAGUUCCUAGUUUGAAAACAACUGAAGUUAAACAUUUAACUGAUCCAAUUGUUCAACCAAUUCAUAAGGUUGUUGAUAAAACUAUGCAAUUGUCUGCUACAACUGAAAAAGCCUGGGAAACUCAUGUUUCAGUUCCAACUCAGAAAUUUGUCAAGGAAGUUGAUGAUUAUUAUAAACAAACAAUUUUUGAUGUUAAUGGUAAAAAUAAAAUCUUAAGUCCUGCUGAUUCAAUUAUUAAACCACUUAAUGAGAAGAUGGUGGAAAUAGUUGAACAUAUUAAACCUGAUAUCAAAAAAGUAUCAUCAGAGACUGCAACUAGUGAAAUCGCUAGAUCAAAACAAUUCAUAUGGAAUGUUUUAACUAUGAAAUCAGAAAAAGUUGAAUCAACUGAUUAG